AUGAAGGAAGAAAACUAUACAAUGAUUACAAAGAUCUUUCUAUUGGGAUUCGAAAACCUUCACAGCCUGAAAGAUGUACUUUUCAUUGGAAUCUUUGUAGCUUAUUGGUUGGCGAUAUCUGGAAACGUCUACAUCAUUACCUUGGUGUCAACAUGCAAGAAGCUCCACUGUCCCAUGUACAUCUUCUUAACACAGCUGUCUUUCUUAGAUAUCUUGUUGAUCACAACCAUUGUACCUAACAUGCUCUAUGUCAUACUCAAUGAAGGCAUCUCAAUAUCAUUGAUGGGCUGCAUUACUCAAUUUUGUUUCUUUGCGGGUUCAGAAAUGGCAGAGUGUCUACUUCUAACAGUGAUGUCCUAUGACCGGUAUUUGGCCAUCUGUAGCCCACUGAGAUACACGUCUAUCAUGGACUUUGCCCUUUGUACCAAGUUAGUCGUUCUGUCUUGGUCAUUUACCUUUGUAAUGAUUCUAAUCAUAGCUUUGACCAUGUGUACCUUACAGUUCUGUGGACCACAUGUUAUCAACCAUUUCUUCUGUGAUUUUGCCCCUCUUUUAGAGCUUUCAUGCACAGAUACAUCUGUGGUACAAAUGGAAAGUUUCUUAAUGUCUGUCCCUGUACUCGGUUUACCUGUAAUAGUCAUCAUAGUAUCAUAUGUCUACAUUAUCAUUACAAUCCUAAAAAUCCCAACAAUUACAGGGAGGCAGAAAACGUUCUCCACUUGUAGCUCCCAUCUGACUGUAGUUUCCAUAUAUUAUGGGACCUUAAUUGGCAUUUAUUUGUUACCACAUGAAAGAUCAUCAAUGGUGACAAACAAAGCUCUGUCUCUUUUGUAUACUGUGGUGACCCCAUUGCUUAAUCCUAUCAUAUACAGCUUGAGGAACAAAGAUAUCAAAGGUGCAAUUGCAAAAGUAACCAAUAAAAUUAAUUUUAACUAUUAA